CACAUCUACAUAAAUAAAUCAAUUAAAUCUUACUUUUUGAGGAACAUACAGAUCGGAGAAUUUGAAAAUGGUGAGUUUGAAGGGAUGCAUUGUGGCAUUGUCGGUUGUGUAUCUCAGCUUGUCGGCACUUGUGAAUGCCGCCGAGGCUGCUGCCGGUGCCGGCGGCAUCAGCUACUGCGCCACGGCCUCUGACAAAGCGAUGUGCGAGAAUGUGACGAAGACCGCCACAAAUUGGAACCAGGCAAUGACUAUGGGGUUAAAGGAGGCGAUGAAACACUCGGAUUCAAUCAUCCUUAAAAGUAAAACGGUGUCUUUGGGAAAAUCCAAGUGCGGUGAGACCUACGAUAACAUCAAUGCCAGAUUGAAGGAGUGCAUGGAUUUGGUCAACAAAGGGGACGCUAAUGAUGAAAUAAACUUCAAACUCUCGGCCGCGGUAACAGGUCUUGAAGACUGUGAAAUUGCACUUGAAGUUUUGAAAGAUGAAAAUACUCCUUUCUAUGAAUCCCAUCGCCAUUUCAAUCACAUCCUCGAUGUUUGCUUGGCAAUUGAUAAAUCCAAGCAUGAAAAGUCUGAACUCUGAAGCACAAAGAGAAGAGCACAAAGAGAGAUAAAGGGCAGAAAACAAGAGUGUGUCCAUACUAAGCUUUGCUUCUCCCAUUGAAGAAGUGUAAUCUUGCAUUACCAAGGCCAUUGACACCUAAAAUAAUCAAGAAUAAAGUAUGAUCAUCAUAGCAAACAAAUUAUAUAUAGGAUUACAGACAUGAUAUAUUCAGUUUAUUGUCAGAUUUAGAAGCAAAAGUAAAUCAUUAUAUUUACACAAUCACAUGCACUAGAAUACAGAUGUAUGUCUUA